GUUUUUAAAUGUUUGUAUUCAAGAUUUAAAUAAACAAAGAUAUCACACUGUUGUGCAGCAAAUGCAAUGUAUCAACCUCCAGGCUCACAGGGAGAGUACAAGACACCUAACAGAGGUUUACGACGUGAAGCCUUCCGCUCGCACUUUUUACUGUUUAUUGUUGACACUAUUAUAAUGACUGGACUUCUUGUCUGCGGAAUAAUCGGAGUAAUCUGGAUGAACGGAGAGUUAUAUUCCACACCUCCUUUCUAUGUGGCAUCUUUUGUAGCUGCAACAGUUGUAAUGGCCAAAGCAACUGUUGGUGGAUGUUUCUCUGUCCAAGGUCUGUUUGUGAAGGAGAAGCCAGAUGAACCGGAAACAGCAUUAGUAAUACUCCACCUGAUUCUAUCAGUUAUAUCAAUGCUUGGAUAUUUUGUUGCAAUUGUUGUAUUUGGCGCUUCGAGGGUUCUCGAAUCAUGCGCAAGUUCUAAUGACACACCCGGAUGUUCCAAUCAUGCACAAGUAUACAAAGCAUUAGGAGCGAUAACUCUUGUAUUAAUUUUAAUAAGCAUUGCUUUAACAUGCUUUGGAAUUUAUCUAUUUGUUCGAUUUGGAAAAGAAUUUGGUGUUUCGCCGUACAAGAAGUCUAAAUGGCGGAAGGAUCCACCGAGAUCUGUUUCUAAAACUAUAAGCGUGCAUCACAAUGAAGUACAUGAUGACAUGAAAGAUUUCGUGUAGAGUUUUUAUAAUUACUUAUUAGUAAUACAUAAGUAUACGGCCAUUUAAUGCACAUGAUUUGAUUUAUAUUUAAUUUAUAAAAUUACAUACAUGUACACCUACAAUG